AUGCAUAUUAUCAAGCCCUCGUGGCUGAGCCAUAGUGGUGAACAGAAGGAUUUCGAGGUCUACAGCUGCCAUGUAUCGCCAGACGGUUCAAGGCUAGCGACUGCCGGCGGCGAUGGCCAUGUGCGUGUAUGGUCGACUGAGGCCAUUCUGAAAUCCAACGACCCGACCUGCGCGAAACCCAGACAAUUGUGCCAUAUGAGCCACCAUCUCGGCACGAUUCACUCGGUUCGGUUCUCUCCCAGCGGCCGGUAUCUCGCAUCAGGUGCCGACGACAAGAUCAUCUGCAUUUACAUGCUCGACCCGAACCCACCCUCACAUACUGCAUCCUUUGGGACCAACGAACCGCCACCGAUCGAGAAUUGGAAAACCCACAAGCGACUGGUCGGCCACGAGAACGAUGUGCAAGAUCUGGCAUGGUCCUACGACUCGUCUUUGCUGGUCUCUGUCGGCUUGGACUCCAAGGUCGUGGUGUGGUCGGGUCAUACCUUUGAAAAGCUCAAGACGCUGGCGGUGCACCAGAGCCAUGUCAAGGGCAUCACCUUCGACCCUGCAAACAAAUUCUUUGCCACGGCCAGCGACGACCGAACGAUCAAGAUCUUCCGAUUCACCCCACCUGCGCCCAACGCGACCCAGCACGACAUGGUCAACAACUUUGUCCUCGAGACCACGAUCAGCACGCCUUUUAAGAGCUCGCCGCUGACCACCUACUUCCGACGGUGCUCCUGGUCGCCUGAUGGCAACCACAUUGCCGCAGCAAAUGCAGUUAACGGCCCCGUCAGCUCGGUAGCUAUAAUCGAGCGUACGAGAUGGGACAGCGAGAUCAACCUCAUCGGCCACGAAGGCCCCACCGAAGUUUGCAUGUUCUCGCCGCGUCUCUUCCACACUAAGAAGCCAUCCGACAAUCCUCAAGCCAACAACAACAACAACGGCAACACAUUGGUCACGGUGAUUGCCUCCGCCGGGCAGGACAAGACGUUGAGUAUCUGGAACACUAAUACAUCCAGACCCCUCGUCAUCCUCCAGGACCUGGCGUCCAAGUCUGUGUCCGACCUGUCAUGGACCCCGGACGGCCAGACACUCUUUGCAUCCAGCUUGGAUGGAAGCAUUGUCACAGUUACGUUUGAGGAGGGAGAGCUGGGAUGGGUGGCAGAACCGGAGGAGAUCGACAAGGCUCUGCAAAAAUACGGGGCAUCAAGGAAGGGUAUGGGAGUCGCCGAGGACGUCGAUGGACUAAACCUCGAGAGCCACAGCAAGGCUGGAGAGAUGCGCGGUGUCGAGUCGAGAAUGGGCGCCCUCAUGGGAGACGCACAUACGGCCGAAAAACAGAGCACACCAGCAACCAAUGGUGUCAAACCACCAGCAAAGGCUGACGAGGUCAAUGGCCAGGCGGACCAGGAUAAGGACAAGACGGCGGAAGAGAGCGAGGACAAGCGAGUGGAGCGGAUCGCGACCCUCAAGUCACGAGUCACAAUCACGAAGGAUGGGAAAAAGAGGGUCGCGCCUCUUUUGGUUUCAUCCUCGGGUACUGGCCAGUCGUCAUUACCACAGUCCCAGCUGGUCGGAGCUACAUCCACAAAAGCGACGCAGGACGAUGCGCCGCAAACCAUUCUCGACUUGUCGAAACCCGUCGACGGCCUCCCUAAGGGUGGAAUAGCCUCGAUGCUGUUAGGAAACAAGCGGAAAGCAGCGGCAGUGGAGGGAGAGGAAGACGAUGAUCAUAUCACCAAGAAGACCGGCCCCUCAGGCCCGACUCCUAUCAUGGUCAAUGGGAUUGACGGCGUGGAGGCGGCCACCUUGCAAACACCGACAUAUGGUGUUGUGUCGACCCCUGAGUACUUGCGCCCAUGCGUGCUUAACUCUUCAAUCGCCUACUCUCAAGUGCGAUUAGCGGUGCCCAAGGUCCGGUCACAUAUCCUGAGACCUCUGGAGAAGGGCGUCCUGCAGGAACAGAGCAGCCUGGAAGACGCUUCCAAGGUUCCAGAAAACAUCAUACUGGAGGCAAAGAACCCGGUGCAGGUCCGGGACCCGUCCCACGUCACAGCAAGCAAGAGAGGCUCGCUGUUGUGGCAAGACUUCCUACCGAGAGCCGUGAUCCUAGUGACUGGAAACAAGCACUUUUGGGCAGCAGCCUGCGAGGAUGGAAGCCUUUACGCGUGGACACCGGCCGGCCGGAGACUGGUCAAUGCGCUCGUUCUAGAGUCGCAGCCGGUUAUCCUUGAAUGCCGCGAGCAUUGGCUACUGUGCAUCACGGCUGUCGGACUGGCCCAUGUCUGGAACAUCCGGACCAUGUCAUCCCCUCACCCUCCUGUUUCUCUCGGCCCAAUCCUGGAGCUUGCAACUCAGUCUCUCAACCAACACACGGCGACUCCUGGCCCGGGCGUGACCUCAGCUCAUCUCAAUUCAAACGGCCACAUUAUCGUGACUCUGAGCAACGGUGAUGGGUACUACUACUCCCCAAACCUGUACACAUGGCAGCGGCUCUCCGAGUCGUGGUGGGCUGUUGGCAGCCAAUAUUGGAACAGUAAUGACAGCUCUGUUAGCGCGCUGCAAUCCACGGCAGUUGGUCCUGUCACCGCCCCGGCAGAUCCGAAGAGUGGCGACGUCUCUACACUUUCAGCCGGCAUCAUCCCCUUCCUUGAGCGACAUACUACCAACGAGUUCCUUCUUAAGGGUCGGGCAUACGGUCUCCAGCGUCUCAUCAAGACACUCUUGUCCAAGGAUGGGUUUGAAGACUUCGAGUCGAGUGUGAGUAUUGCUCAUCUUGAGAACCGUGUCGCCGGCGCCCUCCAGCUGGGCUCCCGGGAUGAGUUUCGUCUCUACCUGUUUAUGUACGCGAAGCGUAUUGGUGCCGAGGGCCUGAGCGGCAAGGUCGAAGAGCUGCUCAAUAGCCUCUUGGGCGGUAUUCUCGAGGAUAAGGAAGCGGAUGGUAAGGCCGAUGGAGGCAAAGGCUGGUUCAGCAAAGGCGACGAGAUCUGUGGGUGGGAUCGCAAAGAACUCCUCAAGGGCGUCGUCAUCAUAUUGGGCAAAUUCCGCGAACUGCACAGGUUGACAGUGCAGUAUGCCCGUGUGCUCGACCUGACCGUCACCGACGAUGAGAAUGGUGACACUAUGGUCGAAACCUGA